AUGGGGUUUACAACUUCUAAAUUCCUCGAUGGGUCUGCAUCUACUGACUCGUUAACGAAAAACACAGGCUCUUCUUUAAAUAAACUUCCUAAUACAAGACAAAACACGUUAGACAGUAUUAAUAACAAAUUUGCUAUUGUUUGGCUUGAUACCAGUGUGAAUGAUGCUGAUAUUAUUCAUCGAAAUUCAGUCGCUCGUUGUCGACGUAUUUCUGUUUUGAUAAAUACAUUUAUAAAUGUUGACGAAUGUCUACAAUACCUCACUAAAAUGAAAGAAACAAAAAUUUUAAUGAUUAUAGCUGGUAAUUGUGUCAAAGAAAUAUGGUCUCGUAUAAAAUCAAUGAAACAUAUUCAUUCUGUUUAUAUAAUUACUGAUGAUGAUGACGAUCAAAAGAAAGAAUAUUCUAAACAAGAAUAUGAGAAAGUCAAAGGUAUAUUUGAUAGAGUCGAUCCUAUUUUUGGUCUACUUAAACGUGAUACAAGACAUAUUGAACAAGAUCUACUUGGAAUAAGUAUUGUUAUUCCUUCAGAUGAUUAUUUAAAACAGGAAUUAAGACAAUUAAAUUCAUUAUUUCUUUAUUGGUUUUUAGUUAGACAAAUUAUUCUCGACGUGAAAUAUGAUGAUGGAGCUCAUAAAAGUCUAGCUGAAUUUUGUCGUUCACAUUUUACUGAAAAUAGUAAAGAAUUAAAAAUUAUUGAUGAAUACGAAAAUAAUUAUCAUGAUCAUUCACCUAUCUGGUGGUAUACACGUCAAUGUUUUCUCUACGUUAUGCUCAAUAGAGCUAUACAUACGCAAGAUAUAGAAGUUAUUAUUAAACUGGCACCAUUUAUACAAGAUCUUCAUCGAAAUAUAGAAGAAAUCGAAACAUCAAAUGAAACAUCGACAGUAUUAUAUCGAAGUCAAAUUACGUCGAAUGAUGAUUUUGAAAAAAUGAAAGGAACCGAAGGUCAUCUUCUAUCAUUUCAUAAUUUCAUGUUAGCCAAUUCAAAUUAUAAAACAGCAUUGGACGAUGCACGUCGUGCACGUGGCAAUGCCAAUAGUGUUGCUCUUUUGUUUCGAAUAGAAGUUGACAGUAGUCAAAAAUCAACUUGCUUUACUCCAUUGAAAGAUACAAGUUAUUUAAAAGAUCAAGAAAAUAAUUUUCUCUUUUCAAUGCAGAGCAUUUUUCGUACUAGGGAAAUAAAACAGAUAGAAAAUCAAGUAUGGCAGAUUACUUUAAAAUUAACUAAAAUUAAUGAUAAACAAUUAAUUUCCCUUAAAGAAUUAGUUCACGAAAAAACUCAAAAUGUCAGCCAAUGGCAUCAAUUAGCCAAAUUAAUGGCUUUAUUACAUGAAUUUGAUCAUGCUAAAGAAAUUUAUCAUGUUCUUCUGAGCUUAUUACCUACAACUGAGUCAUCAAAAAUGUGUCAUAUUUAUAAUGAAUUAGGAAUUAUUUGUGAUGAAACCGGUGAUUAUAGAUUAGCAUUGGCAUUUUAUCAAAAAGCACUUGAAAUUCAAAGAAAAUCAUCACGCUCCAAUCAUUAUUCACUCAGUACUGUUUAUAAUAAUAUAGGCGAAAUUCAACGAGAAUUAGGAGACUAUUUCGCAGCGCUUUCAUGUCAUCAAAAAACAUUAAGUAUUAAACAAAAGAUUCUUUCUCCUCACCAUCUAUCUCUGGCUACUACCUAUAAUAAUCUUGGUCUUGCUAAUCAAUCGCUUGGUGAAUUUGCCACAGCAUUGGAAUUCUACGGAAAAUCUCUUGAUAUAAAACGAAAAGUUCUUUCUCCUACGCACAUUGACCUUGCUAUUACUUAUAAUAAUAUGGGCGAAUUGCAACGAGAAAUGGGAAAAUAUGCAGCUGCAUUAAAAUAUUUCGAAAAAGGUCUUCAGAUUCGAUUGAAAACCUGUUCUCCUUAUGAUUCAUCAUUGGCCAUUACUUACAACAAUAUUGGUCUUAUUCAUCGUGAACAAGGAGAUUAUAAUCAAGCUAUUGUAUAUUUUCGAAAAUCACUUGAAAUCAAACAAAAAACGUUUACCUCAAAUCAUCCAUCGUUAGCUAUUUCUUAUAUUAAUAUUGGUGAAAUUCAUCAACUACUAGGAGAAUUUUCUGAAGCUAUAUCAUCCUAUGAAAAAGCAUUAGAAAUUCAAGAAAAAGCAUAUUCUAUUAAUCAUCCCGAUCUUGCUAUAACAUACAAUAAUUUAGGUGUGGUUCAUCAAUUAUUGGGAAAUUAUCCCAGUGGACUUUCGUUUUAUCAAAAAGCACUUAAAAUUCGACAAAAAUCACUUCCAUCUAAUCAUCCAGCACUGGCUACUUCCUAUAAUAAUAUCGGCCAUGUUAGCCAAUUAAUGGGAGAUAAUAACGCUGCUCUGGAAUAUUAUCAAAAAACAAAAAGUGUUCAAGAAAAAUGCCUCGGCCCAAAUCAUCCAUCGUUAGCUGUUACAUUUAAUAACUUAGGAGACAUUCAAAGGACAUUGGGUAAUCAUAAGAGAGCACUUGGAUUGUAUGAAAAAUCGCUUGAAAUUAAAAAGAAAUCUCUUGCAUCAAAUCAUCCAGCACUUAGUGUAACAUAUAAUAAUAUCGGUGUGGUGUAUCAAACAAUGCAAAAGCACGCGCUUGCACUUGAACAUUACAAAAAGGCACUGGAAAAUCAACAAAAAAACUUUCCUCUCGAUCAUCCUGAGAUAGCUUUAUCGUAUUAUAACAUUGGCACUGCACAUCAGUCAAUCAAACAAUAUUCAAUUGCACUUGAAAACUAUGAAAAAGCAUUAAAAAUUCACGAGAAAACUUUAUCUGCUAAUCAUCCGGAUCUUGCUCAUAUUUAUAACAGUACGGCAACUGCAUAUUUCCAUAUGGGACAAUAUCAAAAAGCGCUUGAACAUGAGCAACGUGCUGUUGAUAUUAGCAUUCAAUCUCUUCCGCCUGAUCAUCCUCAUUUACAAACUUUUAAGCUACAUCUACAACGAAUUCAGAGUGAACUUGAAGUCAAGUGA